AUGGGGAGAUGGUGGUGUGGUGGAGGCGAUGAUGGAGGGGAUGGUGGAGACGGCGAUGGGUGGCGGGUGAAGAAGAGGAAAGCGGAGGAAAGGUCUGUUUGGCCUAAUAUCUUGUCCGGCGCUAAGUCGUUAUCUUGUUUUGAUCUUUUGGACAAAUUUCUUGGUUUCCAUGUUUUGUUUGAUUAUGUGCCCACUGUGUUCGACAAUUUCAGUGCAACUGUAGUUGUCAAUGGAGCCACUGUCAAUCUAGGGUUGUGGGAUACUGCUGGACAUGAGGAUUACAAUAGAUUAAGACCUCUGAGUUAUCGUGGGGCCGAUGUUUUCAUUUUGGCAUUCUCUCUCAUAAGUAAAGCCAACUAUGAAAAUGUCUCCAAGAAGUGGAUUCCUGAGUUGAAGCACUAUGCUCCUGGUGUCCCAAUAGUUCUUGUUGGAACAAAACUUGAUGGCAGGUGAAAAGAGGAGUAAGAAAACAAAGAAAGCUAAGGAGACGGGGGUUCCCCGGAGACCACCAGAAAACCUUGCGAUUAGAGAUAGAAGCUCGUCGCCACGUCUCCCACCACGCGGCGCUCCAUUGCCUCAUGAUCCCCUCAUGAAUGGCAUUGCAUAUAGUCUUCCACCUCCAUAUGAUUUGUGGAUUGUGUAAGUGUUUUGUGAAUGUUUGCGAGGGGUGAAGUAGUCUAAUGUUGUAGACUAACUUAGUGUAGAUUAGUGUCACUUAGAGUCAUAGACUCAUUUGGACAUUUGGUAAGGCUGACUAAUGAACUUAAUACACCAAGGGUAUUAAGCUUCCUAGGUUUAAAAUGAUGCAUGUCCUUACAAGGUUUUGGUUUCGCUCUACCCUAGGUAGACUAAGAGUGGUUUUUCUAUGACACAAGGCUCUCCCAA